AUGGAGGAUAUUCUGAAGGACAUGGCACACCCCAACGUCUGUGACAUAAAAGUUGGCCGACUGAGCUACCUACCCGGCGACUCAGAGGACAAAAUUGUCAGAGAAAAGGCUAAGUACCUGUGGCGUGACAAACUCGGCUUCUUCAUCACUGGGAUGAAAGUGAGGAUUGUGCUUUCUUAUUCUUCUGCCUUUUUUCAUUUCAUCUCGAAUUAA